AUUUAUCUCAAUCUAAUUGUCAUAGGCGCUAAAUACAAUUUUUGACAAGUGAUAAAGAAUAUUGGAUAUAAACGAUAUGAAUUUCCCAGAAAUUAUUGCUCUUAUGAAAAGCCAUCCCAUUGCGACGGUAGUUACUAUUGGUGUAGCAUCCGAGGUAAUUUGGAGAACAUAUAUUUACCUACGCAAAAAUGCAUUCACACCGAAACGAAAAGUACACGAGGUUCUUUUUUUCAAUGAAAAAGGAGGAAGUUGUUUAGCGGAACAUCUAAAAAGCUCAAAUAAGAAGCCCAGGCCCACGAAAUUUCCAGAUUCUGAAUGCCCCAAUGAAUUCUGCACCUCAAAACACUCGAACCGCAUUGCUUAUGAGAUGGAUCAAGCGCAGUAUUCCAUAGAUUUGGCCAUUUACACUUUAACUUCCGUCACCCUUAUAGAAGCUAUAAGUCGGUCAUUGGAACGAGGUGUUAUCGUUAGACUUAUCAGCGACCAUGAAAUGGUGGACUCGACGGGUUCACAGAUUCGUACCAUGGUCGGUUCCCGUAUCCCAGUGCGUUGCCCUGAUACCAACAGCAUGAUGCAUCACAAGUUCUGUGUCAUUGAUGGAGAAGCUCGUGUUAAUGAAAUUAUAGAACUUAAGAAGCGAAAACAUGUGCGUCCCUAUAACAGCAUUCUGAUAAGUGGAUCGGUUAACUGGACCAGACAGGGACUCGGAGGCAACUGGGAGAACUGCAUCAUUACCUCUGAUAAAGUACUGACCAAAUCGUUUCAAGCGGAGUUUCGUCGCAUGUGGAAUGCAUUUAAAUCGACAGCUAAUACAGUAUCUGCACAAAAAAAAAAUUGAAUGAAUAAACGCAAUCUAAACAACUUACUUAAAUAAGGUUCUAUAAUAAAAUUGAUGCAAUUUA